CAGGCACCACACAGCGCCCUGCAGCUGGGUCUCAUCCACAACCAAGAGCCUUCCCUCCUCGGGUCUAACACUUCCGCUUCCCAGCUUCAGACAACACCCUGACCUAAGGACUUGUAACAGCCAAGCCAAAGCCCAGAGAUGGAAGCAGACGAGGUCACAGAGGAGCCUCAUACCACCAGAGAUGCAGAGGAGCACCGUUCUUCAAAGGACCCCUCAGCCGAGGACUCACAGGAGCCUCCUAUCACUGAAACCCCCUUGGAACCUUCUGUCCCUGAGGCCCCUUUAGAGCCCCUUACCUCUGAAAGUUCUUUGGAGCCUUCCACUUACCAGGUCCCUUUAGAGACCCAGUCCUCUGAAGUCCCCUUGGAGCCUUCCAUCUCUGAGACCCCUUUAGAGCCACACACCUAUGAAUCCCUUUUGGAGCCUUCCAUCUCCAAGGCCUCUUUAGAACACUCUAUCCCUGAGAGCCCAUUGGAGAGUCACAUCGCUAAGGUCCCAGAGAAACACUUUACUUCUCAUAAAUCUUCACCUGGCCAUGUCUCUGUGUCUUCCUCUCAAGUUCUGAAGGAAGACCUCUUCGCUGAGCCUUCCUCCAGUCAGGCCUUAUGGACAAGGAGAUCCAACCAGAUCUCUGAAUCUGAGGUCCUUGAAAAGCACUCACUUUCAGACCCUUCAGUCCAGGCCCACCUGGACACACCUGCAAAGGAAAGGGAGGAGGACGGAGAAGACAGGGAGGGUGUAGAUGCCACCGAAAGCACUGCUCACACAGCUCAGCCAGGCCAUCAUCUGGGAAAGAAGAAGGAGAAAAAAGGAGUUAGCCGUUACACAGUCGGCCCAGUGGUCCCUGCUAAGCAGGCAGAGUUGGUGGAACUGGCUAAGGCAAUGCACAGAGAGAAGUUUGGUGCUCACAUGAAUAAUCUUUUCCAAUGGGAGAAGAGUGCAGCCCUGAAUGCCAUGCAGACAGGUCUCUACAUUGGCUGGCGCUGCCCCCACUAUCUAUGGGACUGUUUCCGGAUUGGAGAUGAGUCUAAGUGCUUUUGUGGACACUUGUUGAGAGAGCACCAGAUCAUCUCAGACAUAUCUGUGCCGUGCAAUGUGAGCCAGUGCCGCUGCCUCAUGUUCUGCUUUAUCCCAUCACGCCCAGAGGAGGUGGGUGAGUUCUGGCUCAAGAGACGAGCUACCUUUGACCCCAAGGCCUGGAGGGCCCAAUGUCGCUGCAAACACAGCCAUGAAGACCACGCAGCUACCAAGUCCCAUCCCUGCAGGGUCAAAGGCUGUUGCUGCAACUGCUUUGAGUCUAACUUCCUCUGUGCGGCCUGUGACCGGCGCUGGGAGGAACACGAGACUUUCUUUGAGACUGAGGCGACCCGUCGACGAGGAAGGAGGCCUCACGGGACAGACACUGUCAACACCUCGCACAAGCCUCAGUGAGCCUGGCUCAGAUCAGCAAUAAAGGGAAAGCCAUUGGAAUCUGACCUGGCUCUUUAUGGCGCAGCUAGAGCCCAGCCCAGGGAUAGAAUCCUAAGACUUUAGAGUCAACACCUAUUGGGAGUGAAAGACAGCACCACACAGGAAAGAGGCUGGAUCCAGACAUCUGCCUCCAUCACACUCACAUUUAAGCUGCUAGCUCUGGCAUUAGAAGAAGAGAGUGUCUUCAAGGAAGCCAAGGAAGAGGUUUCAAGAAGGAUAGAGUGAUGUUAGAUGCAACUGUGGCCUCCAGCAAGCUAAAGACUGAAAAAUGCCCAUGGGAUUUUCUAAUUAGGUCUUUGGGGACUUCAGAGAGUAUAAUUGCAGUGGUGCAGUGGAGGCAGGAGUGUCUUUAAGAAGCUUGGGUGAAAGGAGCAGGAGAGAAGUCAGACAAUAGCCAGAGGGAGAUGUGGAGUCCAGGAAUCAUUUUUUUUAGGAAGGAAAGGGGAAGAGACAAGUAGAGAAAGAGACCUUGAAAGAUGCAGAAGAGAGAUGCCUGUGAGACAAGCUUCCAGAGAUGGAGGGGAGGGGAUGAGGUCAAGGCAGAGAUGAAAGGGUUCCCUCUGACGGGAGAAACACCACUUCCUAAGACCAAGAGGAAGGAAGGAAGGAAGGAAGGAUAGGGUGGGUCUUCAUUGAUCUGCAGGGAGCAGAAUCUUGUGGAAGUUCCCCUGUGAAGUCAAGGUCAGUUGCUGGAGGGCGAGGAGAGGGAUAAGAGUGUGGGGAGUAGGAGCCGGGAAAAGAGAGGUGAAGGUUUGGGAAAGCUAAUGUGGGGAAUUGGAGAAAAACAUGAUCAGUGGAUAAAGAUUCAGGUAGCAGGAACCUGGUCAGAAAAGCAGAGAAGCAAAAUAUUUAGAUUAAAGGGUGGUGAUGGGAGAGUGUCAAGGAGAAUGAUCGGGAAAAUAAGGCUUGAGGAUAUGUGGGGAGCUGACCAUACAGAUAGGGAAAGAAAAUGAUGCCAGGAAUCAAUUGGCAGAUUGUAAAAAGGAACAAAGGAAUAGAAGUCUUCAAUGAGGUCUAGCAGCAGAUGUAGUGGUAGGAAUUGAAGUACAGGAGACAGUAGUCAGAACCUGCAGAGCAUUUCAGCUUUCAGAUGAGAGCAACUUCGAAUAAUCACAAAGACUUCGAUUAGAGAAGAUUGUGGGCUAAGGGCCCAAAUCAGUGAAUGUGGGGGAGUGGCUAGGCAGUCCACAGAUGAUUCUUAUGGGGAGUGGAAGAUUCUGACAUAAUGGGCUCUGUGUCACUUCCCCCUCUCUGGGCCUCAGUUUCAGGAUCUAUAAAAGAGGGUUAAUCUCUGUACUACCUGCUCUCUAUAAGAGCCCAAAGAAAUAACCAGUUUCAAAGUGCUUUGUACUCGCCUACCCCUCCUGGCUGGUUUCCGUCAUCUUCCAAGAUCCCAGCUCCUUUUAUCUCUUGCCCUUCUCCAGAGCAGCUCUAGGGAGAUGCUGUCCCAGAGGUAUGUCAACAAAAGUCACUACCACCAAACCAAUGCAAACAGGAGUCCCCAAUCUGGGGUGUGUAAAGGGAGAAACUUUUCAGGUGAACAGUUUGCAAACCAGGGAGAGACAGCCUCCAACAGAAACCAAAAUUGCACUCUGUCUGCUUUUAUAGAGGAAGCUUCUGCCCUAUCCCUGAUUGGUCUAUUUUUAUGCAAAUGAAGAAUCCAAAUUUAUACAGUCUGAUUGGUCCAAAUAGCACUAUCCUGAUUGGUCAGAAUCACUCAUUCUGAUUGAUUGUUAUGGAUUGCUCUGAUUGGUCAGUAAAUAAGCAAAUAAGAGUAUAGCUGUGCUGCUCAGAUUUGGGAAGGUCUCAGCCCAUUGGUUGAAAGAUGAUUCCAGGAACUCCUUUAUAAAGGUGGGCUCAGCCACCAGGAACAUAGUACAGGACACUGGCCAUUCAGUCUGUGGCUUUCCCCUGAAAUGCAGAGUGUAUAAGAGGCCCCUGUCUCUUAUAUUGUUGCUGGGCAACAAUAAUAUGGCUAUACAAAAGCAAUUUACUAUCUCCAGAAGUAAAAAGUUCCUUAUUACUGGUCAUAUGCAAUUAGCGCCAUAAUAACCAUUCACUACAACUAAUUCAGUUAAUAGUCAGCAAUAAAGGAAUGGUUACUAUGAUAAACUCAUUCAAGGAAGCUUUAUGUUUGCAUAAUAUACAAAGCAUAUUUACAUAGACUAUGUAAUAAUAUGGAAAACUGUAAGUGGGAGACGAAGAAUAUAAUAUACAAUACAUUCGACGCAUGUAUUAUAUAUA